AUGUCAGAGCUGAGCUAUUUUGGAGGGUUGGGUGUGGGCUGGGAAGGGGCCACCCAGAUUCCAGAGAACAAGGAAGGGAAAAAGUCCCUCUUCUGGAGCCAGGAUUUCUGGAACCUUGCACUGAAGCAGCAGCCAGAUGCAGCCACGGUCCCCUGCCUGGAGCUGCCUCUGUCGUUACACCCGUGCCACCUUUCGAGACCCAGAGGAGCGCUAGACCAGGAUGCCUUCUUGGACUCGCUGAUCUUCUUUGUUCCCGAGUACCUAUGCUCUGUGCCACACCCUCACUUUGGUCUCUCUCCAGCCAUUACCUGCUCCUAUGGCCCACUCUUCCUUACUGAAUUGCAAGCUCUGAGAGAUUCGGACCCCAGUACUUUGGACUCCCAGUCUUCGACAACCUUGUUCCUCUCCUCGGAAGAGCCAGGCCCCUCCACCGCCGCCCUGCCUUCUCCCUCGUCCUCCUCCUGCGAGCCCCAGGCCUUUUCCCCGGGCCCGCCAGUGCUGCCCCCGCUGCUGCCCCCGCUCCCCGCAGCCUCGGCGCCUCCGGGCCCCGGCACCUCCCGGCGCGCAGGCCUCUACUCAGUCGUCGCCUCCUCCCCUGAGGCCGCUCCGCGCCUGGUGGACUGGCUGCCCGGCUGUGCCUCGAUCACCUCUCCGGCCACACGCGGGGAUGACAGGGAGCGGCCGCCGCCAGUCCUGGCACCGGCCCAGGGCCCAGAAAGGAGCUGCGCCCUUCGCCCCGGCGCCGCGGGCAGGGAGGAGGUCACCGUGGACGCGGGUUCAUCCCCGCCGCCCCGCGCCGGGCCCGCCGCUGCGGCGAGCUUGGAGGCCAACGUUGGGGACAUUCUGGUGGAGCUGCGGACCAUGAACGGCCACCUGGACGUCAUAGCGCGGGCCCUCACCAAACUGGCCUCGUCCCUGGGGCCCCAGCCUGAGCCCAUGCCAGAUGCUCCUGAUGCCGACUGAUGGAGCUCGGCGAUGCGGGGACGCCCGGGCACCAAGCGAUCCGAGCACCAGGCAUCCCUGCCUGUCCUUCCCCAGCAGCGAAGCGCGCCGGGAGGAGCAGUCGCUCUGCGCAGCUGCCUAUCGGAACGCAGGGCCCUAGUGUUUCAGGGUGAAACAGACCGGGGUGCGCCUUCCAUCCUCCUCGGCUCUCUCACGGCGGCACCUGCCUCGGCUUCCUGGUCCUUCACAUGCCCUUCUCUUGUUUUGAGCUUCUGGCAGAAAAAAAUGCCUGGAGACGGCGGUGGGACUCCACGAAAGAUGCUUAGAGAAACGCUCUUUCACAUCCCGCUCCUGCGACGUCCGCGUGUCGUGGAGGGAGCAGAGCUUGAAGCGUGGCAUCAAAGCAGCAGCGAGGGCAGCCCCAGCCUUCCUCCCUGGCGUUGGUGGGGCAUCCAUCUCUGGAGACGUUCACAAGUUUGUUUGUUUGUUUAAAUCGUUUUUGGAAAAAACCAUUUUGUUCUCAUAGCCACAUUUCAAGAAGUUUGGAAAAUAGAGAAGUGAAACAAAAUCUGGUUUAUUUGGGGAAAAGGGGGGUAUUUAAGUCUUUCUUAUGAAUAAGAAAGUAUUUUGCAUAAUAAAAAAUUUUUAUAUCCAC